AUGGAGUCGCCUCCUCCUCUUCUGUGCCACUCCAAGUCAGCGUUCAAGCAAUCGACUUACACGCCGAGAUCAACACACAUGAUGUCAUCGCCUACGCUGCCACCAGAGCUGCUUCUCCUCAUUGUCGAUGCGGUCAUGCCGCCAAACCCGCAUCUGCUCUUCCCCGCAUCAAACUCCACGACUCGGACGCUUUUGGCGUUGACCAAGGUAUCGCGGGCGACUCACGCGCAGGCGACGCGGCUGCUGCGGGAGCGGUGCAUGUUUGUGGAUUCGAGCCGUCGGCUGGCGGAUAUCCUGCGGUGCAUGCCGCGCUUGGUGCCGAGUCUGCCACCGGUCCUGUCGCUGCGGCACAUCUCGGAGCUGUACAUUGCUCCGUUUAGAGAUACUCUGGACGAUUUGCCAACGGCCCAAUGGGUGCGGGAGCUGUUCUGCGAGGUGUCGGGGACGCUGCGGCGGCUGGUGGUACAGAUGCCGUUUGCGAGCUUGCAUCCAAUGGACGAUCACUUGAGCGUGCGGCAGACGUUGCGGGAGGGAUUUGAGAAGCUGCUCAAGCUGGAGGAGUUUACAUGCUUGGAGGAAUAUCCCAUGUCGACUUUUUCGACCUAUGAAACAAAUGUCUGGCGGUGGUGGCCGGAGCUCAAGCGUCUGGUGUUGUUCAGUGCUCCUCUUGACAAUUCCCGACUUUGGGAUGACAUUGCUGCGCUGCCGGAAUUGGAGCAUGUGGUGCUGGCACGACCAGUUCACUUGGACGCAGUGAAUAUCAAGGAUGAAUAUUUCCAAAAGCUACCCUCUGAUGACAUGAGGCGGAGGAGGGACAUUACAGUUGUGCUCAUGGAUUUGGCGUAUGAACUCGGCACGGUGAGAACGGAGAAAUGGCAGGAGAUUGAUCCGGAAGAGAAUAUGACGGUGGAAGCAUUCGAGGUGCCGUUGUCGUUUUACAUGGAUGACUCGCCGCUUGAGAUUGUGUCGCAGUGGGCGAGAAGGUCAGCGCUGGAUGGGAGUAUAUGGGAGUUGGAUGGGCAGAGAGUCGACCCGGAGGAGGUAAAGGUUGGAGAAAACAAGUAG